CACAAAGCAUCAAACAAUGCCACUCUUGCUCUGUUUCUUCUGUUUCUUACCCAUUUUCUUCGUUUCCUUAUCAAUCUUCUCCACAACUCUAAGAAGAUGGAAGCUUCCUCCGGGGCCAAAAAGGCUUCCGAUCAUUGGAAACUUACACAACCUCAAAGGAUUGUUACACAUAUGUUUUCGAAACCUCUCCCGAGAGUUUGGACCAGUGAUGCUUCUCCAUUUCGGAUUUGUUCCCAUGGUCGUGAUCUCAUCUAAAGAAGGAGCAGAGGAAGCUCUCAAGACCCUAGAUCUUGAAUGUUGUAGCCGGCCAGAGACGGUAGCGACCAGAAUGAUCUCUUACAACUUCAAAGACAUCGGAUUCGCGUCUUAUGGGGAAGAAUGGAAAGCUUUAAGGAAGCUCGUGGUUAUGGAGCUCUUGAGCGUGAAAAAGUUGAAGUCAUUGAUGUACAUUAGAGAGGAAGAGAAUGACGUGAUGGUCAAGAAACUGAAAGAGUCAGCUUUGACGCAAUCCCCUGUGAAUCUGAAUAGGACUCUUUUCACACUCGUUGCGAGUACUGUUUGUAGGCUCGCGUUCGGGAUAAAUAUCCAUAAGUGUGAGUUCAUUGACGCGCAUAAUGUUGAAGAUCUAGUUCACAAGUUUGAGUUGCUCAGCGAUGGUUUUGCUUUCUCUGAUUUGUUCCCUAGGGUUGGUUGGCUUGUUGACCGGGUUUCUGGUCAGAACAAGACAUUGAAUAAUGUUUUUUCGGAACUCGAUACUUUCUUCCAGAAUGUUCUAGAUGAUCACCUUAGUUCUGGAAGAAGAGUACCAGAGACCCCUGAUGUGGUUGAUGUGAUGGUUGAUCUAAUGAAGAAGCAAGAGAAAGUUGGAGACUCAUUCAAGCUCACUACAGAUCAUUUCAAAGGAAUCAUAUCGGACAUAUUUUUAGCAGGAGUAAACACAAGUGCCGUUACUAUGACUUGGGCAAUGACAGAGCUGAUUCGAAACCCGAGAGUGAUGAAGAAAGUACAAGAAGAGAUCCGGACAACACUCGGGGACAACAAGGAGAGUAUAACAGAAGAUGAUCUCAAUAAGCUUCACUACUUUAAGCUCAUGGUCAAGGAGACGUUCAGGUUACACCCAGCAGCUCCACUCUUGCUCCCAAGAGAGACAUUGUCUAACAUCAAGAUCCAAGGCUACGACAUCCCGGCCAAAACACAGCUUAUGAUCAACAUCUACUCCAUCGCACGCGAUCCAAAGCUCUGGACCAACCCCGAUGAGUUUAAUCCUGAAAGGUUUCUUGACAGUUCCGUAGAUUACAAAGGACUAAACUUUGAGCUUUUACCAUUUGGUUCUGGUAGGAGAAUAUGUCCAGGGAUGGCCAUGGGAGUCUCUAGCGUCAAACUGGGACUGUUAAACUUACUCUACUUCUUCGAUUGGGGAUUGCCUCAAGGGAAAACUGCGAGAGACAUUGACUUAGAAGAAACUGGAUCGAUCAUUGUCAGCAAGAAAGCAAAUCUUGAACUUGUUCCAUAUCUAAUAAAAUCAUGCUAGUUGUAGUUUAAAAAAAAAAUUAUAAAUAAGUUUUGUGAUAAA